AUUUUUAUUUUCUUAAAUUUCAUACCAAAUAAAAUUAGAUCAUUCGAUAAAAAUUCAUAUCUCGUGGCAAAUAUGCCUGCAAAAAGCUGCACAUAAGCUUCAGAACAGAACACACUGAGACUCUGUUUCACAUUAUCAUUCUCCUCCUCUCUAUAAAUAAAAUGCCAUUAAUUUCAUUGUUUCCUAUCAGGUCCACAAUUCUACUAGCUCUAACUUAAUUACUCUGCAAAAAUGACUUUGGAAUCAAGUGAAAAAUUAGUGACAAAACAACAAACAGGUGGUGUGCAAGCACCACCAACACAAGAACCUGAUCAUCACCUUCCUUGCCCACGCUGUGACUCUAUCAACACAAAGUUCUGCUACUACAACAACUACAAUUUGUCUCAGCCACGCCAUUUCUGCAAGUCUUGCCGCCGUUACUGGACCCAAGGGGGCACUUUACGUGACAUCCCUAUUGGUGGAGGUAGCCGCAAAAAUGCAAAACGCUCUCGUAUUUACACCAAUACCCCAUUUUCCUCCACCAUUGCUUCCGUUUCUUCUCACGUAGUACCCGGUAAUUCUCCGUUUAUGCUUCCGCUUCCGGCAGCCAAUCAAUUACUUUUUGGUACCGAUGUGAAGCCUAUCAAUAAUUUCACGUCGUUGUUGAGUUCUCAUGGGCCUGGGGUUUUAGCGCUUGGUGGAAUUGAGGAUAUGGGGUUUGGUAUUGGAAGAGGUAAUGUUUGGCCGUUUACCGGAGCUCCGGAUUCGUACGGUCGGAAUUAUAACAAUGGUGGCGGAGCCGGAAUGUGGCAGUUCUCCGGCGGAGAGGGAGGAUUUGUUGGAAGUGGAGAUUAUUUUAAUUAAUGAAAAUGAUUUGAGUAUGGGUUAGUUUUAUGUAACAGGGUACUGCCAAUUGUUUCUGUAACACUAAUUAAUUAGGCAAAUUAGGUUUUCAAUGUUGGUAUAUCUUGUCAUCUAAGGAUUUGCAUGUGACAGUAAUUAUGUGCUUAUCAAGGAGAAAUUAUGAUAAAAUAUUAUGGAAAGUAUGAUAAA